AUGAUGACCAUAAAAGAGCUGCGAUCUGAGGCUAAAAAAAGACGUCUGGUUGGCUACUCCGAUCUGACUAAACCAAAACUUAUAGAACUUUUGAAAGAACAAGAGAUCAUAUUCACACCAGCAGAUCUUACAGUGGAAUGCUUCCUAAGAAUUUCCUCACUGAUUCUUCUUCCAGCCCAAGAUACAGUGUUCAACUCUACAGGCAGAAACCCAGUUACUAAUGUCUACAACUUGGCCAACAACACUGGGGUUACAAUCACACCAGUUCAAAAUGGGUUGGAUACGCAACUUAGAAAUAUCAUUGAUCAGAGUAAACUCUGCCUGAGAGAUUUGAAAGUGAUACCGUUUGUGAAGACACACUUCAUCACACAAUCUGAAAAAUUUCUUCACUCAAGAGGUGUGGUUGUUCUCACUGGCAGGUCAGGCGAUGGAAAGAGCGCCUGCUGGUUUGGCUUUACUAAAGAGUUUCUCAGAACAGGAGUGCGGGAUAGCUAUAAAUCACUCCAUCCUCAAGGCAUCAACUUUUUCUCCAAGCCACUGAAGUGUUUAUCAGAGAAUAUAAGAAGUCUGUCAGAUGCUGAUCCAUAUCCUCUCAUAGAGAAACGUGCCAAUGUUAAUACAAAGAAUAUGAAAGGAGUCACACUUCUUCAUGUAGCAGUUCAGCAUGCCAAACAUGUAACUGUUCAGUAUCUCAUUGAGAAAGGUGCCCGUGUUAAUGCAGUAGAUAUGUAUGGAGUCACACCACUUCAUGUAGCAGUUCAGCAUGCCAAACAUGAAACUGUUCAGUAUCUCAUAGAGAAAGGUGCCCGUGUUAAUGCAGUAGAUAUGUAUGGAGUCACACCACUUCAUGUAGCAGUUCAGCAUGCCAAACAUGAAAGUGUUCAGUAUCUGAUAGAGAAAGGUGCAAAUGUCAAUGCAAAAGAUAAGAAUGGAGUCACACCACUCUGUGUAGCAGUUCAGCAUCCCAAACAUGAAAGUGUUCAGUAUCUCAUAGAGAACGGUGCAAAUGUCAAUGCAAAAGAUAAGAAUGAAGUCACACCACUUCAUGUAGCAGUUCAGCAUGCCAAACAUGAAACUGUUAAGUAUCUAAUAGAGAAAGGUGCAAAUGUCAAUGCAGAAGAUAAGAAUGGAGUCGCACCACUUCAUGUAGCAGUUCAGCAUGCCAAACAUGAAACUGUUCACUAUCUAAUAGAGAAAGGUGCAAAUGUCAAUGCAGAAGAUAGGAAUGGAGUCACACCACUCCGUGUAGCAGUUCAGCAUGCCAAACAUGAAAGUGUUCAGUAUCUGAUAGAGAAAGGUGCAAAUGUCAAUGCAAAAGAUAAGAAUGGAGUUACACCACUCUGUGUAGCAGUUCAGCAUCCCAAACAUGAAAGUGUUCAGUAUCUCAUAGAGAACGUGCAAAUGUCAAUGCAAAAGAUAAGAAUGGAGUCACACCAGAAAGGUGCAAAUGUCAAUGCAGAAGAUAAGAAUGGAGUCGCACCACUUCAUGUAGCAGUUCAGCAUGCCAAACAUGAAUCUGCUCAGUAUCUAAUAGAGAAAGGUGCAAAUGUCAAUGCAGAAGAUGAGAAUGGAGUCACACCACUGCAUGUAGCAGUUCAGCAUGCCAAACAUGAAACUGUUCAGUAUCUCAUAGAGAGAGGAGCAAAUGUUAAUGCCAAAGAUCAGAUUGGAGUCACACCACUUCAAGUAGCAGUUCAGCAUGCCAAACAUGAAACUGUUCAGUAUCUCAUAGAGAGGAGCAAAUUUCAGCAUACCAAACGUGAAACUGUUCAGAAUCUCAUAGAGAAAGGUGCAAAUGUCAAUGCAGAAGAUAAGAAUGGAGUCACACCACUCGCGGUAGCAGUUCAGCAUGCCAAACAUGAAACUGUUGAGUAUCUCAUAGAAAGGUGCACAUGUAAAUGUAACAGAUCAGAAAGGAGUCAGCUUCCACUCAGUUUGGCAGUUCAGCAUAUACAGAGAAUGUUCAUAGUGAAACAUGUGAAUGUUAAUGGAGAAGAGAGGUAUGGAGUCACACCACUUAAUGGGGCAGUUCAGCAUGCCAAACAUGAAACUGUUCAGAAUCUCAUAGAGAAAGGUGCAAAUGUGAAUGCAGAAGAUAGGAAUGGAGUCACACCACUCCGUGUAGCAGUUCAGCAUGCCAAACAUGAAACUGUUCAGUAUCUCAUAGUGGUUAUAAUUAAUAAUGAAUUUUUCGUAUGA